UUAGAGGAUACGCUUUUGCGCUCCGCAGGCGCAGCCAAAAACACGUCACGGCCGGCAUGUUUCAGCACAUUUCUUGUUUGUGUGUUUUUCCGCGUUGCCAUGACAACAGCGGGUUAUUUGGUUUGGAAACCGCCGGCCUGUCGUGGAACUCGGGUGGAAGUAGGGCAGGGCCAGUCCAUCGGAGAACGCAGCUGCUGAAAUACGUGGAAGUUUGACGCAGUUCUAUCUGUUCUCGCGAAGAAGCGUUGCACGCGCAUCCAGCGCGCAGCAACGCUGAACUUCUGAGGCGAAACACCUGCUACUCCCCGCGGAAACAGACAAGUCAUCGCGUUUCAGUGGAAUCUCUAUAAUGCAUGCUAAGCAAAACAAAUAGCUGUCAGCAUGGUGCGUGUAGCUGUAAUCGGCUGUGGUGGCCUGGGAGUAAAUGUGGCGGGCGAACUGGCAGCUCAGGGGCACGAGGUGCGCGUGCACGAUGCCUUGCCCGAAGCCCUGGACCGAGUGGCGCCCCGACUGGUCGAGGAUCGCAAGGCGCUGAGGGAGUGCGGUCUGCUGCGCCAGCCGGGAUUCCUGGGCAGCGUGUUCUGUCUCAGCCGCCUCGAGGAGGCACUCAAGGAGGCCGAGCUUGUGCUGGAAUGCAUCACCGAGGAUUUGGCGGCCAAGGUGUCCCUCAUAGAGGUUGCAUCUCAGAGUUGUCGGCCCACGGCCAUUCUGGCCAGCAGCAGCAUGCGCCUCUCCAUGGACGCCGUCUUUGAACGGGCCUCGGGCAAGGACCGCUGCCUCGGAAUACGCUUCCUCUUCCCAGUCUAUGCCAUACCAGAGGUGGAAAUCCAGCUAUGCAAAGGCACGUCCAUGGCGACCCUUGCGUGGGUGCGUGGUUUCCUCGAGCGCAUGGGCAAAACCGCCUUCCUCCGUGCUGGGCCCGAGCCCUUGGUGCUCUCAGAGCGAGAACGCGAGGCACGGCGUUCGGCGCUUGCUCUGCUGGGUCGCACAGCCAUGGCUCGGCAGCCACCACCCUUUUCACCACCCGAUUUGGCCAGUCCAGACACACUCUGCAGCGCCCUGACGGCCGAGGUUCUGGAGGCCGGAGGCACGGGCGGUCGCGACAAGGACUGUGUGGUGUGCAUGGACGAGGAGCGCAACUGCGUGCUGCACCCGUGCCACCACCUGUGCACGUGCGCCGCCUGCGGUCGCAUGCUGCUCAAACGACAGGACGCCUGCCCUAUCUGCCGGCGUCACAUCACCUCCAUCUUUCGCGUGUUCCAUUCCUAGGCGGCACUUAGUGCGGGCUCCCUGCUUGUUGGAGCAUCGCCAUCAGCUUUUUGCAGGGAACGAUGCCACUUGCCAUUGUAAAAGCCAACCAACCACAAAAAUGCUUCACGGCAGUGCCGAGACAUGCGAGAUAAAGACUCUACGGAUCGGCAACACAGAGAAAGAGACUGCUGCCUCGCGGCAGUGGACUGUGUGCUUGCGAGCAGUUGGGAGAGUAGAUGAGGUGACUGCUGGCCAGCCGGGACGAAAGACAGAUGGCAAUAUGGCUUCUGUUCUCGCUUCAGACGAGUCUCACAGUCCUCCUCGUCCCUGCGUGUCUCCGAGGACGACGCGGUAGUAGAACUUGUUCAUCUGCUCCAGGAAUAUGAAUGUGAGCACCGUGUGGGGCCCCAGCCGAGCGUAGUACGGAGUGAAGCCCUUCCACAGGCUGAAGAAGCCCUCGUUGCGGACCACCUUCGUCAGCACAUCCUGGUGACAGAGGAGGAAAACGCAUCAUCAUCAGCCAGACUACACCCGCCAUAGAGCAAAGGUCCCUCCCAUGUUUCCCUAGUCGAUGCGGUUCUCUAGAUUGUGCUUGCGGUGGCCUCGUUAUUCCCACACAUUUCUUGAUCUCAUCAGGCCACCGAAAUUUCUGCCUCCAUUUCUCUGCUCACUGCAUUGUUGCUAGCCUUUAAGUUAAAAGACAGCAAGUGGCAACUCAGCACCAGAGAAGGCAAGUUCCGUGCUAAGCACUGUGAGCACUGCACCAGAUUGUAGUGGGUAUCUGUCUACACCAGAAUGCUGUCUUGCUUACCUAAAGCAGGCCUUGCAGAACCCUCUACUGCAUCAACCAUUUUUUUGUGGGCUCUGGAAAAGGCUAGCUGACCGAAUUUCCAAAGAUUUCGCAUAUGAUACACUGUAUGGACCAUCGGUAAACACUGACCAAUGGCAGCGAAGGGCAUCCAAAAUACUAAUGCUAAUGAGCAAGCAAAAAAAUAAUAACCCUGGUGCAAGUUAUACGCAGAUUUAUUUGUGAAGUGUGGAUUUCCCAUGAAUAGGCGGUUUCACGACUUAGCGGCCCAAAGCUGAAGUGAAACCAUCCCUUCAGGCUCGUUUUAUCGGGCAAAGUUCCAUGUCUAUUCAUUUGUUUUCGAAACUUUAGAAAUCUUAAUUUCGUGUCAAAACACAUUACAAUGGUGCAAUAUUCACACAGAUGGCAAUCUCCCAUUAGCAAGAUAUUGCCACAAGUGACCGGUGACCGAAGCGUCAAAACUAACAAUCUUGUUUGUAAAUUCUCGCAUAGCGGUGGGGCUCUCGCAGUUCCCAGUUUCGUGGCCUUGGUCACUGGUAAUUUGUGCAAACAUAUUUUUCUGUAGUCCAUGUACAACAACUACAGUAAAUAUACUAGUCUUCUUGGGUUUUGUCAAUGCUGGUAAAGGUAGACUGCUUUGCAUCUGUGGCUUCAUCUACUGUAAUCACUGUAAGUGCAUAGCAUAUGACCAAAAACACCUGGCUAGCUGAACAGAGUUUCCAUACUUGUGAACAUGUUUUAUUCCAUCAUUUUCACAACUUUGCCACUGGUGGCUGUUUGUCAUUGUAAGAGUACAAUAGACUAAAGGCACAAAAAUGUGCAUGACUGGAAUCGUUUGCAACACGUGGUGCACAAGUACUUAACACAGAAGCACUCCUCUCACUCGAUGUGAUAAACACUGCGAUAAUUUACACAUGUGCAACCGGUGAUAAUAGCACUACUGCAUCCCACUGUGACAAAGGGUGAUAGCUAACCUGUAUUUCAUUUCUCAGUGUAUUUUUUCCUUUCAUGUUUAGUUGCCAAGCUUUCUUUUUAUUUUCUUACCCCACGAGAUUUUUACUGUCCAUUAACAUUCUAUGAAGAGGCAAGCACUAGAACACUUUUCUUUGAAGUUUUUACCAGAUAUAUUUCAAAGCCAUGUGUACACCACCAUUUCUCGCGCUCAGUAAUCUUAAUGUCCCUCUGUCUUACACUGUGGUGGUUCGUCGUAGGGAUUAACAUUUUUUGAAAGCUUGAAAUGGCAUUCACCUAGUCGGAACACACCACAAUAAGGUGGCAUUAGCCAAAAAAAAAAAAAAAUUAACAUUUUAUGCUUUGCUGCUGGCGAUUCAGCCAAGAAAGUUGUUUGUGUAAAGAUUUUAGUAAAGCUCACUGUCUGAAGCUGUGUGGCUUUCCCCAGCAUGCCAUUAGUAAAAAAGGAUCAGGUUACCAACAAUGUUGAAAUUAAGCCUGUCUAAACAUUUUUCAUACAUAUCUACAGUGGCUGCUGCUUAUGUCUUUCACUAACACUUUAGCCGAGAACCUCAACUGUUGAUGUAGUGUUGUUGCUCAGCGUCGCGUCCACUUGCAAUAGAAAUUGUUUGACAGAGUGAUAAUGGAUGUUGUUUGAUUGCUUGUUAAAGCAUAUGUGCAAAGAUGCAGCCUUGCCUUCAGGGUUGCAUCACAGAAACAGAACGUGGUUGUGCGACAAUGCUAACUUGCGUAUUUGCUUGCAUAGAGCCCGCGCCUGUAUAUGCUGUAGCCUGCCCCCCUAACUACAAUCUGCGGUCAACCUUAAAAAGAAAUUUCCGGACAUUGGUACAAAACAUUGACAUAAAGUCAACUAGACGACCGAAUUUCAUGCAUAACUCGCAGCCGAACUUCAGUUUCGAGUAUUCAGUCAUUUCCGUGCGGGGUAUACGCUAGCAAAUGCAAUACGUAUUUCAUGUUGUCUACUUCACUUAGAACGUAAGGGAUGCUUUUUUCUAUUCCAUGUACCUCAUAUCCUUCUUAACAGAUUGAGAUCAAGCUGAUCAUUGCUGUAACGUUAAAUUCACGAACUUCAGUUCUUCUGUUUUGUGUAUUUUCUUGUUCAUAGCAAGCUUGAAGCUGAUUUAAGCACACUGUAGUUUUUUUAAUAACAUGUUCUUUUAGUUUUGUAGUUAUGAGCAGUGCUACACUGCAGUUUCCUCGCUAAUCCUGCCAAAAAAGACUAUUGUUGCAGUUGCAGUGUUUGCAGUGUUGCUGUGCAUGUCUAAGCAUUACUGUGACCAAAGAUGGUGCUUUUUUGAGGACCACUUUACUUUAUGACGUGUUCUCCGGUGUUCCGUGUCAGUGUCAGGGUAGUGUCUAUCGUACGGGUCCUUACAAUUAUAAUAUUGUUCUUCUGCCCAGCAGUGCCUGCAAUCUGAAUGAUAACUGUGAUACCAAAGAAUGCCGAUUUGUCUCUUGCCCAUGGGCGAGUUGCGUAUACAAACACAACGAUAUUUCCAACCGUAAAUUUUUAUGUCCGAUUUUCAAACGUUUUUCUCUAUGUGAGAGCUCUCAGGAAUGUGUUGAGGUACGUCACACUGCAGUGGCUUUCUCACACACGUGCACUUGGUCAUUAUGAAGCUGUUUUACCAAAAGCUGCCGCAGUCAAUGAAACAACAGCACACAUUCUGAAAUCUCAGUUCUUUGGAUGAAUUCACUCGGAAAUGCAUAUCUGACAUGACAUGCGCAGACCCUGGUAAUGUCGCGGCAUAUCAAUGUCUCAGAAACUGUGUGCCCUUUUUUUUAAAAGCCACGAGGCCCCAGCAAACACUCAUAAAUACAGCUGGCUUUAAGACAUCAAUGUGGCCUUUUGUUGCGUCAACUGUGAUGAACUAGUGGAGAAAAGUUAACUGUCCUCGCUUUGAGACACGGGGUUUUCAAUGCAUUCAAUUCAGCCAAUGCCGAUAAAAGUAUCUAUCUUUCCUAUCAA